AUGUCGCUUUUCGGCAACCUCGGGCAGACAGCGCAGACGGAGAGGAAGACGGGCACGUUAUUUGGUUCUACUACGGCCCCGCCGGGUGGUCUCUUUGGCUCCUCGCAGACUCAGAACCAGCAACAGCAGCCAACAUCGAGCCUCUUUGGAAAUGCGAAUACACAGCAAAAUGCGAACCAGGGCGGGAUGUUCGGCAAUCUAGGCCAGUCGCAGCAGCAGAACAUGCAGCAGAACAUGCAACAAAACAUGCAGCAAAAUGCUGGAGGAAGUAUGUUCGGCGGCCUGGGUCAGUCUCAGCAGCAACAGCAGCCGCAGCAGCAACAGCCGAACUUAGGCAGCUCAGUCAUGGGCGGCUUCGUCCGUCCUGCGCCAACCCUACAUCCAAACCAACAGCAGCAGCUCCAGCAACAACAGCAGGCUCUUCCUCAGCUACGGCAGUCAGUUAACGACCGCUUCGCCAGUGCUUCUCUAAACGGCGCGCGGGAGAAAUCAGUCAUCGAUCAGAUGAAGACGAUAGCUGAGAAGUGGGAUCCCAACAGCCCAGAGUGUGCGUUCCAGCACUACUUCUACAAUUCUGUGAAGCCAGAAGAAGCCCCUUUCUACGGCCCUCAACCGCAUGAGGACCACAAGAAAUGGGAAGAAGCGCUGGCUAACAAACCGAGUGAAGGCUCUAUUCCGCUACUCGUGCGCGGCUUCGAAGAGAUGGCGGCGCGUAUCCAAUAUCAAGUCUUCGCCAUGAACACACUACAAAGCCGACUGCACGAGAUGAAUAAUUGUCUCGGCGUGAUCAAAGACCAGCACGAGCUGACAACCGCGCCGCGGAUCACGAAAGCCAAGCAAAAGCACAUUGAGCAUACUCAGCGGAUACUUGCGCUUGCUACCAAAGUCCAGAUUCUGCGGAACCGGGGAUACGCGAUGGACCAGACGGAGGAGGAGCUGAAGAAGAAGCUUGCUGAACUGGAGAAGAGGGCGUUCGAUCCGAUCAACGGCGGCAAACAGGAGGAGAUCUGGGCACGUAUGUCGAGCGUGCGGGAGCGCGCACAGGCUCUGCAGAAGGAGACCGAGAGGCAGGGUAAUGCGGCCGCCGCAGGUAGCCAAGAUGGCAGUUUGUCAGAGGACGACCAGGCGCAACUAGAGAAGGUGAGGUCAAGUCAUUCCUUGGUCCUGUCGCAAGCUAACACAUGUCAGAUCCUCAAAGGCUAUGACCAGCAGCUGCAACAUCUCAAGAAGAUGGUCGACGACACGGUGCAAGAGUACAACGAGUGGGAGAAGGAGCAGACAAAGCCACCGAGGUCAAGAAGGUGA